AUGAUUCAAUUGCUUGAAUCUCACACAUCAAAGAAUUUGGCAAUCGAAGUGAAGCGGUGCCUCGAUAAAUUUGGCAUUACUUUGAAACAAGUGAAAUCCAUCACUACGGAUAAUGCGGCGAAUGUUGUGGGAAUUGUUGACCAUUUGGAUGAAGAAGUUUUAUGCGCAAUUGGAGAAGACACCGAAGAAGGAAAUUCAACGCAUCAACCGAUAGAGCUCGUUCCAGCUGAAAAUAUCAACAAUCCAGUGAGUGACGAUGAAAUUCGCGAUUUGGCUCGGCAAAUGAUGGAAGAUGAGGCUUUAGCGUUAUAUUUGGACGACACCGGUGCAUAUGAAGACUUAUUGAAAAAAGUAAUAGAAGACCUUCCACAUCAUUUCAAUGGAAAAACAGCUAAUGUCAGGUGUGGCGCUCAUACAAUACAUUUGACUGUUCGUGGUGCACUUAAAAAGUCAAAUUUUCGAGAAUUGGUGGCAGUGUGUCGAGGUGUAAUUAAGUCAUUGCGAAAAGAGGCAUAUAUUCGAGAGUCUCGGCAUCAAAAUUUGCAAUACAGUCUACCACAUUUGAAUGUUGUGACGAGAUGGGAUUCCGAUUACACAAUGUUGAACGAUCUUUUACAGUGCAAGGGAAUGGUGGAUCACUUUGCCAAAACACAGAGAGAAUUUAAAAUCAUUCAAACAAAGUGGGCUGUCAUUGAAGAAGUCGUCAGUGUGCUGAAAAUGUUUUUUUUGACGACGAAGAAAUUACAGGAUGUCAACUUUACCUUAUCAGAUUUUUAUGGUCAUUUGAUAGCACUGAAAGAAAAUUUGACCAAUUAUUUACAUUCAAAUCAGCAACUUUCGGAUCUUGCUACACACCUUCAAACUGAGCUCAAUAACCGACUACCUAUGCUGAAAAAGAAUCCACUGAUGAUAUGUGCCGUUUUUUUGGAUCGUCGAUAUAGUUCCGAACUGAGCAGAGAUGAAAAGGCGCUUGCUGUCAGAACAUUAGUCAAAAUGUGGGAAGAAAUUAGAAUGGAGCAUUUUGCCAAUGGCAAUGGUGAUACUGAAAAUAAUAAUGAUGAUCUCUCAUUUCGUUUUGACGACCAUGCUUCUGUCAUCGAAGCCUAUUUUAAUUCAAAAGGUGUUCAUCUUCAAGAGCCAGAGAAAACAGACCGGGAAAAUCCAGAUUAUACAACGUCAAAUGCGGCAAUGUACGAGAUUUUGAACGAAUUCGACAGUCAAAUUGGUCGCAUACCGGCUUCGCAAAGUGUACUAGAAUUUUGGCACAAGAAAAAAACUGAAUACCCGGAAGUUUAUUUACUAUCCACCACAAUUAACGCCGUGCCGCCGACUCAAAGCACCACAGAACGUGCAUUCUCAACUUUGUCAUUUGUUUAUGACGAUAAGAGAACCAAAUUGUCUAUGGUUUUAUUGGAGCAAAUUUUAAUUAUAAGAUUGAAUAAAGAUUUGACGCUGGACAUUUUUGAAGAAAAUUUGAUGGCAAUUACAU